AUGGACGAUCAAGGCGAUGAAAAUGAUUUCACUUUGGCAAUAUGCCCUGGAAUUGGAAAUACCUCUGAAAGCGUAUACAUAAGAACAUUUGUGCAUUACGCCCAGUGCCAUGGUUAUCGUUGUGCAGUACUCAAUCAUGUAGGUGCUUUGGGAAGUGUAAGGGUUACUGCACCCAGGAUAUUUACAUAUGGUCAUACUCAAGAUUUUCAUGAGAUGAUACAACACAUAUUGGAGAGACAUUCCAACACCCGUGUUGUGUGUGUUGGUUUUAGUCUUGGAGGAAAUAUCAUUACCAAAUAUCUGGGUGAACCUGACCGCAAGCCCAUUCCUCACAUAAUUGGUGGUAUUUCCAUCUGUCAAGGAUAUUGUGCUAUUGAAAGUACCAAGUGGCUAUUGAAUUGGCAGAACUUCCGUCGAUUCUAUCUUUAUGUAAUGACUGAAAGUAUGAAGACUAUCAUCUUAAGGCAUCGACAUGCAUUAUUAAGUGAAGAGGCCAAGGAAAGAUUUAAAUUGAAUGAACAUGAGAUUAUUGCUGCUGCUACUCUCCCAGAAUUAGAUGAAGCUUACACCAGCAAUUUUAAGAAAUCAAUGCUGCUUUCUGCAUACCUAUUUAGGAAGGUCCACUGUUUUACAUCUGUGACUGAACUCUACCGGUGGAGCAGUUCGCUCAACUAUCUGAAGUUUAUUCGCAAGCCUAUGAUCUUUGUCAAUGCACGUGACGACCCACUGGUUCCAGAGCCACUCCUACAACCAAUUAAGGAAUUCGCUUGCAACAGUAGCCAUGUCUUGUACCUGGAACUAGCUCAUGGUGGUCAUUUGGGCUUUUAUGAAGGAGGGCUUGUCUAUCCUAACCCUGUGACUUGGUUGGACCGCACCUUAGUUGCUCUUAUUGGAUCUCUUGCCCUAGUACAUGCUGACUCACUUCUUAAGAAAAACAUUGAAUUUGGUCCUGAUUCAGAGAACUCACCUCAAGAAGCAGAUGAAUCUGAUUCCAGUGGGGUUUCAGAAAUUGGUACCAGUGGGGGCAGCACAUCAGGAGUAGUGACUAAUGCAUCAUCAUGUACAGACACUGUAUCACCCCACAUGCACUCGGUUAUCACAAGCUUUUCAUCUGAUGAUACACCUCACAAUGAAAUUAUCCAAAUAUCAAAAUCUGUUGAUGUCAUUUCUAAUCCUGAGGGUAUUGCAAUUGCUGAAGAAGUAAGUGUAUCUACAUUAACACCUGAAACUUGUAUGGGAGACAGUUGUUCUGCAACCUACAUGUUAGAACUUGAAAGGGAGUCCCACACGGCCAUAAUAAAUCCUCAAGAUAUGUCCAUUGGAUCAAGCUUACAUCAUCGAACUUGUGCGUCCAAGAGCGUGGGAGAGAGCAUAUGCUCCACUUCCAUGGCUUCUGAAUAGGUUCCUGCUGACUUGGAAUUGCUGCUAAAUUGCCUGCUGCUUGGUGAAUCAUCAACCCUGCAUCCUGGGCAACAUGUGCAUUUGGUUUAUAACUAUGCUAAGUCCUUAAUUAUGCAGCUGUAAAAUAUAACAAAUCUCAAUUGCAAAGUUUGUGAACCAGUAAUAUAUUUUACAUAAAUCGCUUGUUGCUUGCGUGUGAAGUGUGCGAGGCCUAUUGUUACAAUGAUACGUGAAUUUUGUAACUUGAAGAUCAUUCUUGUGUUUUUGUGACACCAGCAUCACACACUGUAAAAUUUCAUUAAAGUCUUGAAUAUUCAUAUUCAUGUUUGGUGAAUUACAAAUUUUUUUGUGAGGAAAUGUGCUCCAAUAAAACAAACUGAAUUGUUUUCUUGUUAAAAUAAAUAACAUUGAUUGAUUCUUCACUUCAGCGAAGAAAUUAUCAAUUACAAUGUAAAGAACUACAUUUUAUUCUAUUAUGUAUGCUUAAUUGUUGAGGUCACAAGAUGAAAUGUACAAAUUGUCUCUUUUGUUGUGAGUGAGUGCACUUCCCAGUUUUCUGUGCUAUCCUAUAUCAUUUCAUCAAAAUUGUUUUUUUUUUUCUUUUUCACAUGUUUGUUCAGGUUUGCAGCAGGUUCUGAUAUAUGAUUUACUUCUGAUCUAGUUAUUUCAACCUGAGUUAUAGAGAGAUUGUCAAAUCUGUCAUUAAUUGUCAAACAAGUAUAUUUGAUAACAGGGAAUGAUGAGAUGUGCCUUGAUUUAUUUCUUCUCUCUUCCCCAAAUAUUAUAUUCACAAAGUAUACAAGUUUUGAAACUUUGUUUCUGAGUUUACAAAUGGUAAAUUGCAUUAAUCUACUCUAUCAAUUCAAGGAAUUUAUUUUAAGAAAUUAGUAUGCCACUUUUUGAAAAUAUCUUGAAGUUGUAGGAACUUGUUCCUUAUUGGUCUUUAGACUCAUAGAAAAUACGUAUGUAAUGAUUUCUAAUUGGUUUGAUUCCUGUAGGUAAAUGUAAAAGAACUACGAUGUAGUAUUAAAAUCAUAUGGAUUAUCUUUUUUUACUCCUCUGGCCACAUCAAUUUGAUUGAAAGUGCCUUUAACUACUUGACUCAGAUGCCUUGAAUUGUAGAUACACAUGUUUAUCGAUAAUUGCGUGUGCUAUUUAGCAUACAUAACAAUGAGUGGGGUUUUGAAUAGUAGAUAUAUUCCUAUUUUUAUAAAUGGCAGUUUUCAAUAUCUAAAGUUUUCAAAGAACUUUGCUUGAGAGAGAGAGAGAGAGAGAGGAAAUAAAUGUUUUUGUUUUUUUUCAUGCAUGAUCCAUCUAAUAUUCUAUUCUUGUAACAAAUGCAUUCUAAUAAUUUGUUGCAAGUAAUGGUCAGUAGUCACAGGUGCAAUUAUUGUCUGUAAUACUGUGUGUGUAGAUUUAAGAAAUAAAUUCACCAUUUUGGUGGGUUUUAUGCAUGCUGCCGUGGAUUAUAUGAUGAAGAUUCUUUUAAAGCUAUUAUAUGCGAGUGAAAUGGAAAAAUUAGAGAACAAUUCACUGUUGAAGUUUGAAUGUAUUUGAACACUCUUUUACUAAUUAAAGGAUAAGAGUGAAAAACACGCUAACGUACAUGAAAAGCUUUGCAGAUAUGCAAGCAAGAGGACAUUUAGUUUUAAGGACUUCAACGCUUUAAUUUACAUAAAUAUGACAACAGAGUC